AUGUCUUCCAGCGCCAUGCCUGCCUGCCACGGUCACAACGAGGCCUGCUGCAACAUCCCUCCCGUUGUGGCCUCGGGAUAUGCUGCUAAAGGCUCGUAUGAGCAAUUGGGAAGUCUGAAGACCUACGUCACCGGUCCGGCAACCGCCACGAAAGGCAUCAUCUCGGUUUACGACAUCUUUGGCUACGCGGACCAGACAGUUCAAGGAGCCGAUAUACUGGCUUAUGGCGACGAGAGCCAUCAGUACAAGGUCUUCAUGCCUGACUGGUUCAAGGGAAACCCCUGCCCGGUUGAAUGGUUUCCGCCGGACACUGAGGAGAAGCAGAAGAACGUGGGGGCGUUCUUCAGCAACCCGGACAACGCGCCCCAAGCCAUCGCUGCAGCGCUACCCGAAUAUGUAAAGGCGCUAGAACUGGCCAAUCCGUCCAUCAAGUCUUGGGGACUGAUCGGGUACUGCUGGGGGGGCAAGAUUGCCGCGCUGGCCACCUCCAGUGCUUCGAACCCUUUCAAGAUCGCCGCGUCUCCGCACCCUGCCAUGGUUGACCCUGCGGAUGCAAAGGGUAUCACAGUGCCGUUCGCGCUAUUGGCGUCUGCAGAAGAGCCGGUAGAGACGGUGAAGGAGUUUGAGGGCAACCUCGCUGUGCCACACCAUGUUGAGACGUUUGGUGACCAAGUGCAUGGGUUCAUGGCUGCACGGGCUGACUUGGCUGAUCCCCGUGUGGAGGAAGAGUACACACGUGGUUACAAAGCCGUUCUUGAGUUUUUUGGCAAGCACUGGCAGUAA